AGGGUUGGGAGAUUCUCAGACAGGCAGAAGCCCAGAAGAAGGAGCUAAAAUUGUCUAACAGUGAAGUACUGAGAAUCUUGUGAAGAGAUCAACAGGAGGCCACACUAGCAGCCAGAGGAAUGUUGCUGAGAGAGGGACAGAUGGAACACACACACAGCCUGAUAUGAGUUUACCAUGGCGCGAUUAGCGAUAACUUCAGCAGAGCCUUGGCCAACCGAAGGCUGGGACAGCAGUGUCCGUCGCCUCAGCUACAUAUGCCCCACCCUCAUACAGGGGGACUAUGUGUGGUUGGACCUGAAGGCGGGUCGGGAGUUUGUGGUCCCCAUCGGAGCCGUGGUCAAACUCUGUGACUCUGGACAGAUACAGGUUCUGGAUGAUGAGGGAAACGAGCAUUGGAUAUCCCCCCAGAAUGCAACCAACAUUAAGCCCAUGCACCCCACCUCCAUCCAUGGGGUGGAGGACAUGAUUCGUCUGGGAGACCUCAACGAGGCCGGCAUCCUCCGCAACCUGCUUAUACGAUAUACAGAACACCUUAUAUAUACCAACUGUGGUGGGAGAACGUAUACAGGCUCUAUCCUGGUGGCAGUAAACCCCUACCAGGUGCUGCCCAUCUACACAGCUGACCAGAUCCGCCUGUACACCAAUAAGAAGAUAGGAGAGAUGCCGCCACACAUCUUUGCCAUCGCAGACAACUGUUACUUCAACAUGCAGAGGAACAACAGAGACCAGUGCUGUAUCAUCAGUGGUGAGUCUGGAGCAGGGAAGACAGAGAGCACUAAGCUGAUCCUGCAGUUCCUAGCAGCCAUCAGUGGACAACACUCCUGGAUAGAACAACAGGUCCUGGAGGCUAAUCCUAUACUGGAGGCGUUUGGCAAUGCUAAGACGAUCCGUAAUGACAACUCUAGCCGCUUCGGGAAAUACAUCGACAUCCACUUCAACAAGAGAGGAGCCAUAGAGGGGGCCAAGAUAGAACAGUACCUGCUGGAGAAGUCACGAGUCUGCAGACAGGCUCGUGAUGAGAGGAACUACCAUAUUUUCUACUGUAUGUUGAAGGGCAUGCCUUCAGACCAGAAGAAGAAACUGGGACUAGGGAAAGCCACAGACUACAGCUACCUUACUAUAGGGAAGUGUACUGUGUGUGAUGGUCGUGAUGAUAUGAAGGAGUAUUCAAACAUCCAAUCAGCCAUGAAGGUGUUGAUGUUCUCUGACACUGAGAAUUGGAUGAUCUCCAAACUAUUGGCCUCUAUACUACAUAUGGGAAACCUGCGUUAUGAAGCUCGUACCUAUGACAACCUGGAUGCCUGUGAGGUGGUCCGAAGCGUAGACCUGACUUCUGCUGCUACACUGCUGGAGGUGGACUGUAAAGACCUGAUGAACUGUCUGACCAGUAGGACUCUGAUCACUAGAGGAGAAACAGUCUCCACUCCCCUCAGUAUAGAGCAGGCACUGGACGUACGGGAUGCCUUCGUCAAGGGGAUCUACGGUCGUCAGUUUGUGUGGAUUGUAGAGAAGAUCAAUGCAGCGAUCUACAAGCCUCCAUCCCACGAGCCCAAAGCCCUCAGACGUUCCAUAGGACUACUAGACAUCUUUGGCUUCGAAAACUUCACCAUCAACAGUUUUGAGCAGCUGUGCAUUAACUUUGCCAACGAGAACCUGCAGCAGUUCUUUGUGAGGCAUGUGUUCAAACUGGAGCAGGAGGAGUACAACCUGGAGCACAUUAACUGGCAACACAUCGAGUUCACAGACAACCAGGACGCCCUGGACAUGAUCGCUAUCAAACCCAUGAACAUCAUCAGCCUCAUAGACGAGGAGAGCAAGUUCCCCAGGGGUACAGACACUACUAUGUUGAAUAAGUUGAACUCUCAACAUAAAUUGAACACCAACUACAUCCCUCCUAAGAACACUUAUGAGACCCAGUUUGGCAUCCAGCACUUUGCUGGGGUGGUCUACUAUGAGACACGAGGUUUCUUGGAGAAGAACAGAGACACCCUGCACGGUGACAUCAUUCAGCUGGUUCACUCCUCCAGGAACAAGUUCAUCAAGCAGAUCUUCCAGGCCGAUGUUGCCAUGGGGGCGGAGACCAGGAAGCGCUCUCCCACUCUGAGCAGUCAGUUCAAGCGUUCUCUGGAACUGCUGAUGAGGACUCUGAGUGUGUGUCAGCCCUUCUUCGUACGCUGCAUUAAACCCAAUGAGUACAAGAAACCCAUGCUGUUUGACAGGGAGCUGUGUGUUCGUCAGCUGAGGUAUUCAGGCAUGAUGGAGACCAUUCGUAUCCGCAGAGCUGGUUAUCCAAUCAGAUACACCUUUGUUGAGUUUGUGGACCGCUACAGAGUCCUCAUGCCUGGAGUCAAACCUGCAUACAAACAGGAGGACCUGAGGGGAACUUGUCAGCGUAUAGCGGAAGUUGUCCUUGGGAGAGAUGAUGAUUGGCAGAUGGGAAAGACCAAGAUCUUCCUCAAGGACCACCAUGACAUGCUGUUGGAGAUAGAGAGAGACAAGGCCAUCACGGACAAGGUCAUCCUCAUCCAGAAGGUUGUACGAGGCUUCAAGGACAGGUCCAACUUCCUGAAGAUGAGGAAGUCAGCCAUGAUGAUCCAGAAGACGUGGCGAGGAUAUCACUGUCGCAAGAACUAUGGAGCUAUGCGGGCAGGGUUUGCCAGACUCCAGGCUUUGUACCGCUCCAGGCGGCUGUACGUAACGUACCACGUGGCCAGACAGAGAGUGAUGGGUCUGCAGGCCAGGUGUAGAGGCUGUCUGGUCCGAAGGGCCUUCAGACACCGCCUAUGGGCCGUCAUCACCAUCCAGGCUCACACACGGGGUAUGAUCGCACGACGCCUCUACAAGAGACUGAAGGGAGAGUAUCGGAGGAGGUUGGAGGCAGAGAAGCUGCGUCUGGCUGAGGAGGAGAAACUGAGGAACCAGAUGAGCGCUAAGAAGGCCAAGGUUGAAGCAGAGCGUAACCACCAGGAGAGACUGGCCCAGCUAGUGAAGGAGGAUGCGGAGAGAGAGAAGAGAGAAAGGGAGGAGGUGCGGAGGAAGAAGGAGAUGGUGGAGCAGAUGGAGAAAGCCAGACAUGAGCCGGUGAACGACUCUGACAUGGUGGAUAAGAUGUUUGGCUUCCUGGGGACAACAAACUCCUUUCCUGGCCAGGAGGGUGCGCCACCAGCUGGGUUCGAGGACUUGGAACGUGCCCAGAAGGAGCUUGAGGAGGAGGAUUUAGAUGAUGUUCUUCCUCUCCCUGAGGAUGAGGAGGAUGACCUGUCGGAGUAUAAAUUCGCCAAGUUCGCUGCCACCUAUUUCCAGGGCACCACAACACACACCUACGUCCGACGGCCACUUAAACAACCGCUGCUGUUCCAUGAAGACGAGGGCGACCAGCUGGCAGCGUUGGCGGUAUGGAUCACGGUGCUGAGGUUCAUGGGAGAUCUCCCAGAGCCCAAGUACCAUACGGCCAUCACUGACGGCUCGGAGAAGAUCCCUGUGAUGACCAAGAUCUACGAGACGCUGGGCAAGAAAACCUACAAGAGAGAACUACAGGCCCUGCAGGGGGAGGGAGAGACCCCCCAUUCAGACAGCAACAAGAAGAACAGUGUCCGACACAAACUAGUGUCCCUCACCCUGAAGAAGAAGUCCAAGAUUACCGAGGAGGUGACCAAGCGCCUGAACGACGGAGAGAUUAGUCUCCAUGGCAACAGCAUGUUAGAGGACCGGCCCACCUCUAACCUGGAGAAACUCCACUUCAUCAUCGGCAACGGAAUACUACGACCUGCCCUGAGGGAUGAGAUCUACUGCCAGAUCUGUAAGCAGUUGAACCAGAAUCCUUCUAAGAGCAGUCACGCCCGCGGCUGGAUCCUCAUCUCUCUGUGUGUCGGCUGCUUCGCUCCCUCUGAGAAGUUUGUCAAGUACCUGCGUAACUACAUCCAUGGUGGUCCUCCUGGAUACGCCCCCUACUGCGAGGAGAGACUCAGACGCACAUUUGUUAACGGCACCAGAACACAACCCCCGUCCUGGCUGGAGCUACAGGCCACUAAGUCUAAGAAGCCCAUCAUGUUGCCAGUAACCUUUAUGGAUGGGACCACUAAGACGUUGUUGACAGACUCAGCUACUACGGCCAUGGAGCUGUGUAACGCCCUGGCAGACAAGAUCAGCCUCAGAGACCGCUUUGGAUUCUCUCUCUAUAUCGCCCUGUUUGACAAGGUGUCCUCCCUAGGCAGUGGAAAGGACCAUGUGAUGGACGCGGUGUCCCAGUGUGAGCAGUAUGCCAAGGAGCAGGGUGCCCAGGAGAGAAACGCCCCCUGGAGACUGUUCUACAGGAAGGAGAUAUUCACCCCCUGGCACAACCCUGCAGACGACGCUGUGGCCACCAACCUCAUCUACCAACAGACUGUACGGGGGGUAAAGUUUGGAGAGUACCGCUGUGACAGGGAUGACCUAGCAGAGUUAGCCAGUCAGCAGUAUUAUGUGGACUAUGGUUCUGAGAUCCUGACAGAGCGUCUGCUGAGCCUGAUCCCAUCCUACAUCCCCGACCGAGAGGUUAGCUCCUCCCGGAGCGUGGAGAAAUGGGCCCACGUCAUCAUGGCUGCCCAUAAAAAGGGCAUCUACACCCAGCAGAGGUUUGACCCCCAGAAGGUGAAGGAGGAAGUGGUGGACUUCGCUCGCUACAAAUGGCCGCUCCUCUUCUCACGCUUUUAUGAGGCCUUCAAGCUCUCAGGUCCAAGUCUGCCUAAGAAUGAUGUCAUUGUGGCGGUGAACUGGACAGGGGUGUACUUUGUGGACGAACAGGAGCAGGUGCUGCUAGAACUCUCUUUCCCAGAGAUCACUGCGGUCUCCAGCAGCAGAGGUGGUAAGCUGCAGGGACAGAGCUUUACGUUGGCGACCAUAAAGGGUGAUGAGUUUACGUUCACGUCGACCAACUCUGAGGACAUCAGAGACCUUGUGGUAACGUUCCUAGAGGGCCUGAGGAACCGGUCCAAGUACGUGGUGGCUCUGCAGGACAACACCAACUCUGGUGGGGAGGAGUCUACGUUCCUGUCGUUCCAAAAGGGAGACCUGAUUCUAUUGGACCAAGAGACAGGUCAGCAGGUUAUGACCUCAGGCUGGGCCCAUGGGGUCAAUGAACGGACCAAUCAAAAAGGAGAUUUCCCUGCUGAUGCCGUCUACGUCCUACCCACUGUUACCAGACCUCAGGCUGACGUAGUGGCAUUGAUUACCAUGACACCAGACCAGAGACAGGAGACGGUGCGUUCAUCUCAGCUGGUUUUGCCGGAGACUGGAGAGGAGAGGGUUAAACCUUACACACUGGAAGAGUUCAGCUAUGACCACUUCAGACCUCCUCCCAAACACACUCUGAGCAGGGUGAUGAUCACUAAGAACAGAGGGAAGGCCUCAAUGUGGAGCUGCACCAGAGAGCCUAUCAAACAGCCCCUACUGAAGAAGGUCCUCAGCCAUGAAGACCUGUCACAGGACGCCUGUAUGGUCUUUAUAGCUAUGAUGAAGUAUAUGGGGGACUACCCGUCUAAGCGAACACGUUCGGUUAACGAGCUGACGGACCAGAUCUUUGAAGGAGCUCUGAAGGCCGAACCUCUAAAAGAUGAGAUUUUCUGUCAGAUCCUCAAACAACUCACAGACAACCACGUCAAGUACAGCGAGGAGAAGGGCUGGGAGUUGCUGUGGCUGUGUACAGGGCUGCUCCCUCCUAGCAACAUGCUGCUGCCUCAUGUCCAGCGUUUCCUUCAGUCCAGGAAACACCACCCUCUGGCUCAGGACUGUAUGACACGACUACAGAAGGCCCUACGGAAUGGCUCGAGGAAGUACCCUCCCCACCUAGUGGAGGUAGAGGCCAUCCAACAUAAGACCACCCAGAUCUUCCACAAAGUCUAUUUCCCUGACGAUACUGAUGAGGCAUUUGAGGUGGAGUCCAGCACCAAGGCUAAAGACUUCUGUUUGGCGAUCUCUGCUCGCCUGCUGCUCAAAUCACCCGAAGGAUUCAGCUUGUUCGUAAAGAUCUCCGACAAGGUGAUAAGUGUACCAGAGGGAGAUUUCUUCUUUGACUUUGUCAGACACCUCACAGACUGGAUCAAGAAGGCCCGGCCCUCUAAAGAUGGUAUCGUACCGUCUCUGACCUACCAGGUGUUCUUCAUGAAGAAGCUGUGGACCAACACUGUUCCUGGUAAAGACUCCUUCGCUGACUCCAUCUUCCACUACUACCAGGAACUGCCUAAGUAUCUCCGUGGUUACCAUAAGUGUAGUCGUGACGAGGUGUUCCAGCUGGGAGCGUUGAUCUACAGGGUGAAGUACGAAGACGACAAGUCACACUUCCCCUCAAUACCCAAGAUCCUCCGGGAGCUGGUGCCGCAGGACCUGAUUCGCCAGCUCUCCCCAGAUGACUGGAAACGGUCUGUAGUAGCUUAUUUCAAUAAGCAGGCUGGUAAGUCCAGGGAAGAGGCCAAACUCCACUUCUUGAAGAUCAUCUUCAAAUGGGCCACGUUCGGAUCCGCCUUCUUCGAAGUCAAGCAAACCACAGAGCCCAACUUCCCAGAGAUCCUCCUGAUUGCUAUCAACAAGCAGGGAGUCAGCCUUAUAGACCCAAAGACCAAGGACAUCCUGACCACCCACCCAUUCACUAAGAUCUCCAACUGGAGCAGCGGUAACACCUACUUCCACAUCACCAUCGGCAACCUGGUCAGGGGUAGCAAGCUGCUGUGUGAGACCUCACUGGGCUAUAAGAUGGAUGACCUCCUCACUUCCUACAUCAGUCAGAUGUUGACCACCAUGAGUAAACAGAGAACUGGGCGGGGACACAGCAAGUGAACUUCCUAUUGGCAGGAAGCUGCAGAGCUUAUUAGAAUACUGCGACCUGUUGGCCAGCCCUGCAGCUGGGGGCGGAGCUUCUCUAACCAGGUGUGGAGAAUGAGCCGCAGCCCAUCCUCUAGCACUGCCUCCAGCUAUGCCCAUAGCAACAACCUUAGCAACGUCUCAAGCAACAACCCUAGCAACGAUCCUGACGACGAGCCUUCCAGUGAAGAUGACUACCUCUAAGCCACGCCCCUUUAUCUUCCCAGACACACACACACACACACACACACACACACACACACACACACACACACACACACACACACACACACACACACACACACACACACACACACACACACACAGUUAAAUUUGUGUUUUUGGAACAUUUCGUUCAAACUGAAGAGUUGGCAGUCUAUUAACAAGAAGACGCUUGUUAAUAACCAAUCAUUGGAUGGACAGACUGAAUGGAGAGCCAUGUGAUUGGGUACUUUAGCUAGACAAUUAAGUAGUUACAAAAAGAAGAAUUAAGUUAACUUACUGAGUAAAAUAACCAUAAAAAGCUUUAAUACACAGACCUGGAAGAAAAGAGGUUUGCAUGCUCUUAUUGUAGCUGAAUAGAUUUUCACUGAACCGUCAAUACAUAGGUAUAUUUUUAGUUUUUUUUUAAGCCUUAACUGUUGUUGUUUUUUAUUUAAUGUGUAUUUUAAGCCAGUUGCCUCUGUUUCAGAAGCAGCAUGAUAGUCUAUGUGACAGGCCACUGCAGUUCUGGACAGUCUGUGGUUUUUUAUAUUAUUCUUGUGUUUGUUUUUGUGUCUUUUAUCAUCAGAGUUAAAGCUAAUUUAUACAGAGCCUACGCAAGUAUGCAACUCAAGCUUUGCAAAGUGGCAGUUCUGUGUACUUGAGUAGCAGAAAUAUGCAAACGGUCAGCCUCGGGAGUGGUGACUCAACACAUUGCAAGAUGUUAUUGUGUUGCCUACUUGCUUAUGGUAUAAUUAGGCUUUAGUUCAGAGGUCUGUCUGUCUGCUGUAAGCCUCGGGUGGACUGGCUGCCCUGGAGUUUUAACAUAGAGCAUUAGUGUUUGACCAGAAAGGAUCAUUAUCUGUAGUUUUUUUGCAGAUCUAUGUGCUGUAGCUCUAUGAGACGUGUUUAACUCAACAAUGGCCUUUGUCAUACUCACUAGAACUAGGGUUGCAAAGUUCCCUACAAUCCUUAGUUGAACCAGGUCUAGACCUGACUCAGCUGGAAAACACCUGAUCCAUGGAUGAGUUCUGUAUGAAGAGUUCUAUACCCUACGUCAAAAUGAUACCCUUUAUAGUGCCCAGGUCAAAAGUAGCGCACUAUAUAGGGAGUCAUUUGGGACGCAAACUACAGUGGCUUGCAAAAGUAUUCACCCCCUUGGUAUUUUUCAUAUUUUGUUGCCUUACA